UUUUUUUUUGGUUGGGAUCUUGAUUCACUGACUCUCUCUCAGUCUCUCAUUCCUCUGUUCCUUUUUUUUUUGCAACCCACCAGCAAUCAUGACUGCUGGGAUGCAGCAUCAACUCGGGCGUCAUGGCACCGCGCCACUGCAGCUGCGUGUCAUCAUCGUUGGCGUGCUACUUGUUCUCGCCUCCGCAUCCUCGACUGUGCAGGCCGCCACCACGGCCGGCGGUGCAGGCAGCUGCCUCUACCACUCGAGCUCGCUCAACUACAACUCGAUCGGCGUCGACAAGUUUGUGGACAACUUCCCGACGACCGCCGUCACCAUUGAAUUCUGGGUGCGUUACCGCAACGACUUCAAGGUCGAAGGCCAGCAACAGUGCGUCAUCUCAGUCGCAUCGUCACAGGACGAUAAUGUCGUCACUUGGUCGCGCUUCCUGACCGACUUUCGGCUGUACAUUAAUCCAUUCCUCUCCAUCCCGGACGCCGUCGGCCCGAUCACUGGCCCUGCGGCAGAUUACAAUGGCAACUGGCACCACUGGGGCCUCUCAUUCAACGUCGCGGACGGUCGCACAAUCUUGACCUACGACGGCAACGUCCUGUACAACAACGUGUCGGCGGCGCGCGCGAGUAUUCCGCUUCCCAGCACUGUUGCGUUUGUCCUGGGUCAAGACCAGGACGCGUACUAUGGCGGAUUUGACUCGACGCAGGCUUUCGUUGGCAUGAUUGACGAGCUCCGCGUGUGGAAGGUGGCGCGUACCCCUGCUCAGCUCGCCGAUAACAAGAACUUGCACCUGGACGCAAUGGCCACCCCCGACCUUUGGGGUGCCUGGUCGUUCGACGAAGGCAGCGGGCCUCUUGCCUACAACGAUGUUGCCAUCCCUGGAGGAUACAGCGCUCCCUACCAUCCCGUCAAACUCGGUGGAUUCUCUACGAGUGCUGCCAGCGGUUGCGACGGCGACGAUGCCACCUCGCGCACUCCCCUGUGGGCAGAUUCCACCGCUCCAGUGGUCGGGUCGGGCCCAGUUCGCGUCCGAGUCUCCCCGACCAUUGCCAAGCCAAUCACCCUCGGAGCACACUCCACCCUCGGCUCCUUCACUCUGGCCGUUGGCAGCUACGGAGGCGCCUGCCCCAACCUCCUGCUCUAUCGCGAUGCAGCUUGCACCAACCUGAUUGCCACCUCUGGCGCCGCUGUUGCUUCGUCCACCAUUUAUGCCAAGUCCUCCGCCGGCUUCUCGGGCUGCGCCUUCUCGUACACUGUCACGGACGCCGACAACACGGCGACCGGCUAUGUGAACGUGUCCGUCAACCAUGCUCCCACGCCCAUCACCCAGACCAUUUCGGGUGCCGAAGACUUGUCUGUGCUUCGUGUCGGACUCACAGGCACCGACGUUGAUGGCGAUCUUACCAGCACGUCGCGCAUUACCCAGCUUCCCGCACACGGCUUCCUCUACACGCUCAACAACAAUCUGCAGCGAGGGUCGCGCAUCACGUCCGUGCCGUUCGUCCUUCCCACUGAGGCCGGCGGUGUCCUCUACUCCGCUCCGCUCAACAGCUACUCGACCGACUUUGACUUCUUCACUUACGACGUGGCUGACAUGAAUGGUGCUUGGUCCAACUCUUCCGCUACUGUUCGCAUCAGCAUUUCAGUCGUGGCCGAUCUCCCGAAGGCCGUUCCAAACCCGUUCAUGGUGACUUAUACGGGCGUCGAGUACAUGACCGUCCGGGACAUUGGCAUGAACUCUGUGGUGUCCUGGACUGGCGGCUUUACCAUGGAAAUGUGGAUUUCAAUGACCACCGCCCCCACUGGCCAGCCGUACAUUUUGAUGGGCCCUGCUCUGGCCAGCACCAGCUCCUCUAGCUUCUCGUUCGAGAUUGUGAGCGGCUCGCUUUUGGCACUGCGGCAUCUUGGAUCGGUGGUGGCAGUGCAGACGGUUGGCACCGUCCCGCUGAACGUUUGGUCGCAUGUGGCACUGUCGCUCACUGGCUCGUCCGCCAAUCUCUAUCUCAACGGUAAUCUGGUCGGCACCGCCGUAUUGGGCUCAACUCUGUCUUCUGUGGCAACCAGUGGCAUCAGCAUUGGCCAGUAUUUUGUCGGCAGCCUUGACGAAAUCGCCCUUUGGAACACUUCGUCGCGCAUGACAGCCGAUUUCUUCCUGCUAGAGAAGGUUUCUAGCACGCGUCGACCCAAUCUCGUUGCCGCAUGGCCUCUGGACGCUGGUAUCGGCAUGACUGCUUUGUGCUUUGGCAACUCAUACUUUGGCUGCUCGUCUACCGCUUUUUUCGGCAACGGCUCGCUGUCGGCUGCACCUCUGUGGGCGGACAAUCCUGGCGCUCUCGUUCCGUCCUUCCCCAAUUUCGGCACCGAAUUCAUCGAGGAAGACACUGAGCAAAUCAUUCGCUUGUCGUCGACGGAUGUCGACUCUGAGAGCCUCAUUGUUGGCAUUGUCGUCACCUCCCUGCCGACAAAUGGCAAGCUGUACCAGUACGUUGACAAUGGUGGCGGCGCCUACUCCCGUGGACCGCUUCUCGACUCGUACAAAUACUGGGUUUCAGAGCAAGAGCCCGCGAAAACGUGGGUUGAGCAGGUGGCGCACCAGCCUGGCGUGACUGUGCUUGGUGUCACCGGCGAUACCAGCCUCAAGUUCAGCACACAGUAUCUCGGCUCCACCUAUGGUGUUCUGGCGCUGGUCGGUGGUCCUUCAGCCUACAAUCCUGGCGUUCCGAACGGUGGCUACGGUGAUACUGCUACGGCUUGGUGUCCUUCCACCACUGGAGACUACAACGCGGUGAAAAACAGACCUUGCUUGGUCAACUCCUUCAACACUGUGUCCAACCCAUUCAACUUUACCUGUCCCGCCAACCAAGGCAACGAGUAUGUCGAAGUUCGCAUGGGCGAGUCACUCGUACCCCACAGCUUUGCUGUUUACGAAAACUAUUGGCCUGGUGCUACGACAAAGAUUUCCGCGCGCCACGAGCCCACCAAUACCUGGAUUCCAGUGUGGGAGGCGCCUGCGCGCACCGAGCUCUAUGACAACCUCGGCAAUUACAUGGCGGGCUCGUAUGUCGUCUUCCAGCCGCAAGCUUGUCAGCCCGCAUGGACGGCUGAUGUCUACCGCGUAGAGAUUGCAACGCACCUGAUUCCUGGAUGGAAUGAAAUCGACGCCCUCUCCAUGACUGGCGUGCCGCUCGUUCGCGCGGGUGUCGUCAACGAUCCGCUUGGUCGCCUGAUCUUUGUUCCUGAUGCCGACUUUGAUGGCGUCGAUCAGCUGUCCUUUGCCGCUUCGGACUGUCUGCCGUCCCUUGACCGCCAGACUGCUGAUCAGGUGCUGACGCUCAACGUCGUUGGCACGAGCGAUGCUCCUGUGCUCACACCCACCAACUUUGAUGCGACGGUUGGAAGUGUGCUUGCCAUCCCGCUUCCCGUGUACGACCCGGACUCGUCCGACGUUUUGCACUUCAAGUUCAACACGGUGCCUUCCGUCGGAACCCUGUUUGUCACACACAACUUGUCCGACACGACCUUUAACGUCAACUCUACGUCCACCACGACCAUCACCGCCGGCACCGUGCUUGUUGCCAGCCCGCAGUCUGCUCGCUCCCUGACCGUGUUUUAUUCUCAGGCAGACCAAGGCUGCGUCUCGACACAGUUUGCCUUUACCGUGAGCGACAAUGCUUCCCGCGCAACUGCAACUCCGUACGCUCCUGCCGUGCAAGUUGAAAUCAACUUUGCCUGUCCGACCGUGAAUACCCAAACUGCAUAUGCCGAUUCGGAUGGUGCUCGCUACUUCUUUGUCGUGCUCGCCGCGAUCUUCAUUUUGAUUGCAUUUGGCUUUUUGCUGUUCCUGAUGCGCAACUGGUCGUCUCGCAUCAUUGUCGCAUCGUCACCGACAUUCCUCGCUCUGAUUCUGUUCGGCGCGUUGCUUUCGUAUGUCUGGAUUUUCCUCGCGGCGCCAACUCCGACCGACGCGCUUUGCGCUGCCAUGCCUUGGGUUCGCCAUCUCGGCUUCUGCUUUGUCUUUGGGGCUCUCUUCUUGAAGACGUAUCGCAUUGACCGUAUUUUCAACAACGAUGCAAUCAAGCGCAUCCGCAUGAAGGACACGGUGCUCUUCCAUUACAUGUUCCGCAUCGUCCUCAUGUUUGCACUCUACCUGGCGAUCUGGACUGGCAUUUCGCGACCCAUCUCGGAAGUUCGAGUGGAUAUCACGUCCGACCAAACCAAUCAAGGCGUUUUCGUCACGCAGCAGCUCGUCCCCAGGUGCUCAUCCAACUGGUUUGACUCGGCCAUCCUGAUUGUCGAGCUGAUGUUCCUGAUCUGGGGUCUGUACCUCGCAAUCAAGGUUCGACACACGCCAACGGCAUUCAACGAGUCCAAGUACAUUGUGGUCGCCGUUUACAACUUUGUGUUUGUGGCAGUCGUGCUCCAAAUCAUCCUGCAAACCGCCAUCAAGGACCGUGACAUUGCCUAUGUCCUCGAGUCCAUCUAUGUCAUUUUCACCGUGUCGGCUGUCGUUUUGCUCAUCUUUGUGCCCAAGGUGUCCCUUGUUCGGAAUGGCGGCAUUGCCGAAACUCGCGAGUCGUACACGCACACUCACUCGGCCCCGAAGCAGCAGACAAUGGACAAGCAAGUCGAGAUGAUUGACAGGCAUCGCAGCACGGGUCACAACAACAGCACCAGUCAUCACAGCAACAACGAAUCCGACUUGGAAGUCGGCACGACCACAGUUCAACCCGCCCCCAAGACGGACAACAUGCUGCGCAGUGAAAACAAGCGUCUCAUCCGAGAAGUCGAAAGGCUCAAGCAGGAUCUCAUGACACUUGGAAAUCGUCACUUGGCAACAUCCACAGCACAGCGUUAAUGCAUUUUUAUGUUUUUAUUGCUGUUUGGGUCUGUACAUUUCAUUUUUCGUUUUUUUUUUCCCAUUGUUUUUUCAUUUUUGUUUUUGUUUGUCGGUUUCCUAAAAAAUGUCGGUUAGCAUGCUUUUCGUUCGUUUCGGUGUGUUCUUGUUGUACAAUGGUCAAUGUA